UAAGAUUAAAUGGGAUCAUUUUUAAACACUCAAACGUUGUAAGGUUAGAUGGACUAUCAACUCUCUGUGUGCCUAUUUAAUUCAAAGAAGAAAGGCCAUUUUCCAAUCACUGAACUUUGUGGAAGUCUUGAAAUGUCUCUUCUUCUCCUCAUUCUCCUAUUCUCUCUACUGGUAUUGAUCAUCCUAAAAUGGAAGAAAAAUAGAAAUAGAAAAAAGGGUCAUUUUCCUCCAACUCCACCAAAGCUUCCAAUCAUAGGGAACUUACACCAACUUGGCAAACUCCCACACAAAUCUCUAUGGCGCCUCUCCCAGCUUUAUGGUCCCAUCAUAAGCCUCAACCUCGGCAGCAUUCGAACCACCGUCAUCUCCUCCCCCACCGCCGCCCAUGGCCUCUUAAAGACACACGAUCUUCAAACCUGCAGCCGACCACAAACUGAGAGCGCCAGAAAAUUCACUCACAAUUUCCUCGACAUUGCGUUUUCGCCAUACGGCGAGUACUGGCGAGAGAUGAGAAAGAUUUGUGUUCUUGAGCUUUUUAGUCUCAAGAGACUCAAAUCUUACGAACCCAUUAUAGAUCAAGAAGUAAGUUCGCUUAUUGAAUCGACUUCGGAACUGGCUUCUUGUGGGGAUGUUGUUGAUGUUAGUGACAAGUCCAUGGCUUUAACUGCUGCUAUUAUUUUUAGGAUUGCUUUUGGGAAGAAAGUAUCUGAAGGAGAUGGAUUUCAUGAGGUUGUGAGUGAAGCUGAGGCGUUGUUGGGAAGCUAUAGUGGUUUUGAGUUGUUUCCUAAUUUUGUGGGGAAGGUUAUUGAUUGGUUUAGUGGACGUCAAAGAAGGGUUUUGAAGGUUUUUAAUGAGUUGGAUGCUUUGUUUCAAGAAGUGAUUGAUGAACAUCUUUCUGUUGGGAGGGAUAAACCCGAGCAAGAUGAUAUUGUUGAUGUGCUUUUGGGAAUUAUCAGCAAAAAUCAAGCUCAAUCGGCUUCAAAUGUUACCAUUACCCAUGAGAAUAUCAAAGGCGUUCUUUUGAACAUAUUUUUGGGAGGAUUAGACACAAGUUCCAUAAUAAUAGUGUGGGCAAUGGCAGAAUUAGUAAAGCGACCAAAAUUAAUGAAGAAAGCUCAAUACGAAAUCAGAAGUCACAUGAAAAGUAGAGGAAAAAUAACAGAGAAAGAUACCGAACACUUUCAAUAUCUAAAAAUGAUAGUGAAAGAAACGCUAAGAAUGCAUCCUCCAGCACCCCUUCUUCUUCCCAGAGAAGUCAUGAGCCAUUUCGAAAUGGAAGGCUUCGAUUUUUACCCAAAAACAAUGGUUCAAAUCAACGUUUGGGCAAUUGGACGAGACCCCAAAUGCUGGAAAGACCCAGAAGAGUUCGUACCGGAGAGAUUUGCAGAGAGCUGUGUUGAUUUCAGAGGACAUCAUUUUGAGUUGCUGCCGUUUGGGGCUGGCCGGAGGAUUUGUCCGGCGAUGAAUAUGGGGAUCAAAAUUGUGGAGUUUGCUUUGGCGAAUCUUUUGUACCAUUUUGAUUGGAAGUUGCCGGAGGGAAUGAAGGAGGAGGACUUGGAUAUGGAAGAGAUCUCGGGGCUUAGUCUCACCAUUUACAAGAAGUUACCUCUUAAACUUGUUCCUGUUUCAUACCAUCCAUGACCAUGACUUCGAUUUCCAAUCUCCAACCAUUGUAGUUUAAAUAAAUAAAGGAACUUUUACACCAAGAGUUCUCUUGGCUCAUAGAUUUCAUAAAUUAAAUUUUCUUUUAUUGAACACUUUUAGAAAUAAUUUUGGAUAAUUUCAUCCUUCUUUCCACUUUUAAUA